CUUCCCUAAAACAUUUCCACACAUUCCCCGCGCUGGAGAGGUCUUGGCCUCGGGUUGGGGUUGAUUCCGGCACACUGUUGCCAAAAACAAGCUGAAAACACCUCCGACCGAGAACCGAACCGGACUCGGACUCCCUGAUACCUUCUCGACUUGCUUGUUCGGUGUCUAAGGCUGAGCGACUUCAGUUAGAAGCAGAUAAUCUGUUUCAUUUACGCUUAAACGACCUGUUCUCCGACGACUGCAAGGCAGAGCUCUUGUUGAGAAGAUUGAGAUUUUCAGCUUGUUCAAAGUGACACUGUUGGUGGAGUAACGGCGUCCCUGUAACUAACAGAGUGACUGGUAGCAUCUUCUGGGUCGGUGUUUUCCUUGGUGAAGCCGCGGGGAUUACCAGCAGCAGCCAUGGCAGGAGGACGAACAGCCGUCGGGCUGCUUGUCCUGAUGUGUUUGAGCUUCCACCGCGGCGCCACAUUCAACCUGGAUGUGGAUAAACCCUUCGUGUACAGCGGACCAGAGGGAAGCUAUUUUGGCUUCUCAGUGGAUUUCUUUAAGUCCCAAACCAACCUAAACUCCAACGUUCUCAUUGGAGCACCCCGAGCCAACACCUCAUCCUCCAGCAGUGUGGUGGAACGGGGAGCGGUGUACAGUUGCCCCUGGCAGAGAUCCUCCCAAUGCCAGCAGGUUCAGUUCGACAACACGGAUGACAGGAUUAAAGACGGCAAACAGAUAGAGUUUAAGUCUAAACAGUGGUUUGGUGCCUCAGUGCGAUCUGAUGGAGAGUACAUCCUGGCCUGCGCUCCCCUGUACCAGUGGUCCACCUUCGGCUUCAGUGAGAGGGAACCUGUGGGAACAUGUUACCUGAAGAAAGAAGAUAAGGUGGUGGAAUACUCACCCUGCAGAUCAAAUUCCCCAAGCCCAGAAGGACAAGGUUUCUGCCAGGCUGGCUUCAGUGCAGACUUUGUUAAGAAAAGUAAGAAAGUUGUGGUGGGAGGACCUGGCAGCUUCUACUGGCAGGGCCAGUUGAUUUCAGAUGACCUCACUGAGAUUUUCGAACGUUUUAACAAGGACUAUAUCACGCAAUACGGAAACACACUUUCGACCAAAACAGCUGGUGCCGACUAUGACGACAGCUACCUCGGAUAUUCUGUGGCAGUCGGAGAUUUCAACCAGGAUAAUAAGGAAGAUUAUGUGACGGGAGUACCCAGGGGGAACAAGGCACUGGGUUAUGUGAACAUCUUCAGUGGGGCCAACAUGGUGUCCAUGGUUAACUUCACCGGCUCUCAGAUGGCUGCUUACUUUGGACAUUCAGUGGCUGCCUCUGAUGUUAAUAGUGACGGUUUGGUAGAUCUUUUGGUUGGAGCUCCCCUCUUCAUGGACAGAGGCUUGGAUGGGAAGCUGAGGGAGGUGGGACAGGUGUCUGUGUACCUUGGUCGAGGCGGCUUCUCCUUCCAGACGCCUCAGCUGCUGACAGGAUCAGAGGUUUAUGCCAGAUACGGCUCUGUCAUCGCCGCUGUGGGGGACCUGGACAGGGAUGGAUACAACGAUGUGGCCAUCUCUGCUCCCUAUGGAGGCCCCAACAACAACGGCUUGGUCUACAUCCAUAACGGCCUCCCUUCAGGGAUUGACCCUACACCUUCUCAGGUCCUGCGGGGUAAAUGGGCAUCCAGCUACAUGCCUGCUAGCUUUGGAUAUUCCAUGACAGGAAAUAUUGACAUCGACCAGAAUGGAUAUCCAGAUUUAAUAGUUGGAGCGUUUGGAGCAGACAAAGCUGUUUUAUACAGAGCUCGUCCAGUGAUCAGUGUAAACGCUACAUUAGACAUAACCCCCCUGAUCAUCAACCCAGAGGAGAAAUUCUGCACCAUUCCUGAGACCAACACAGCUGUGUCAUGUUUUAAAGUGAAGUACUGUCUGGCAGCUGGUGGCACUGGAGCUCCAUCCUCUCUCAGUUUUCGUGUGGACCUCACCGUGGAUCGCUUGAAGCAGAAGGAGGCAACCAAACGCGCCCUUUUCCUGUUCAGCCGGACCUUUCAGUACUCCAAGAACAUGACGGUGAACAGCAACAGACGCCUGGCCUGCGAGGAGCAGGACGUGUUUUUAAGGGAUGACCGUGAGUUUCGGGAUAAAAUCACUCCCAUCUCUGUAGCGAUGAAUUACAGCCUGGACUACCAGAUGGCUGCAGAUCAGACUGGACUGCUGCCCAUAGUCAACAUCUGGGCACCAACUGACAUCACCAAGCAGGCUCACAUUCUGCUGGAUUGUGGAGACGACAACAUCUGUAAACCUAACCUGAUGUUGUCAGUGAAGAGCGACCGUGAGCAGAUCUACAUCGGCGAUGAUAACGCUCUCACCCUGGAGGUCAGCGCUGAGAACCAGGGUGAGGGGGCCUACGAGGCCGAGCUCCACGUCUACCCACCGCAACAGGCCGACUUCACCGGGGUUGUUCGCAGUCAGUCCCUCUCAAGGCUGUCCUGUGCUUACAAGAAGGAGAAUGAGACCAAGAUGGUUGUGUGUGAUCUGGGAAACCCCAUGAAGGGAGGUACUAAGAUCCUGGCAGAGUUGAGAUUCAGUGUACACCAGCUGUCAGAGGAGGACACUUCAAUCAAAUUUGACCUUCAGAUAGUCAGCUCUAACCAGUUUCAAAACACAAGUCCUCGAGUUUCCAGCACCACACAGCUGGCGAUUCUCUCUAAAGUCUCCAUCAGAGGGUCGUCGUCUCCCACUCAGGUGCUGUUGCCCAUCGCCAACUGGAAACCAAACAACCCUCCGGUGCUUGGAGACGACAUCGGGCCACAGAUCUUGGCCGUUUAUGAGCUCCUGAACAAUGGGCCCAGUACAUUCAGUAAAGCAUCACUGGACGUCGACUGGCCGUACCGCUUCAGGAACGGUUCUCUGCUCUACAUCACCAACUUUGAUACUGAGGGACCCAUCAAAUGCACCACAGACGUGGAGAUCAACCCACUCAAUGUCUCUAAUCCGGUGCCAACACAGAAGAACACCAGCAUCAUUCCACAUAGAGAGACAGAGGGACGUACUGUGAGAAAGCGCGACCUGGAGGCUGUAGAGGCACAAAGCGACCUGCAGACACUGGACUGCAGCACAGCUGAGUGUCUGCGGGUGAGAUGUCAGGUCGGUCGUCUGGAGAGGACCAAGAACGCCAUACUAUUCAUCUACUCCAGGCUGGAUGUCAAUAAUUUCCUCAGGACUGAGAAUCAGAAUCGUUCCUAUGUGGUUCGCUCUACAGCCUCAUUUAGUGUCAUUGAGAUGCCGUAUAAAAAUCUGAAAACUGAGCUGCCUUCCAACUCUACCACUGUCAGUAUGUCAGUGACAUGGGUGACUAACCCUUCUCAACCCGUUCCAGGCUGGGUGGUGGCACUGGCUGUACUCUCAGGACUGCUGCUGCUGGCUUUGCUCAUCUUCAUUAUGUACAAGUUGGGUUUCUUUAAAAGAGUACGUCCCCCACAGGAGGACUGCACCGAGAAGGAGCAGCUUCAGCCGGAGGAAAACGGGAACACUGAUGCUUAGAGGCCAAGAUGUAAGAUAGAGAGAGAAAGUUAAGGAGAGCAGAAAUCAGGGUAAACCAGCCUCAGAGAGAAUCACUGUAAUGACUGUUUGGACGGAAGAUAACGGUACUUGAUUGGCUUUUACCAUGUUUUUUGUUUUCUGUUUUUUUUUUUUUUUUUUUUUAUCAUGUUGCAUUUGUGCCAAAAGAAAAGCUGGAAAACACUGGUCACAGAUGAAAUCCUCAACGCUCAAAUUACUAGUUUUAAAGUUGGUUAGUAAAGGAUCAUUUCGUCUCUGCAUCGAUGUGUACACGUCAUGUCCACAACACUGAAGCACUUAUUUAAUUACUUAGAAUCAGAAUUUGUCAUGGUUUAGUUCCCACUACAUCCCAGUGGUCCUUUAACAUUUAAACUAACAUUUAUGAAAGAGUCCCGACUUGCAGAGGAAGCAGCACUGAGGUGUUGUGUUGUCCAGAGGUGUUUGGAGCAGAGCACAUUGGGUUUGGCCUUUCAACAGAUUUGCACAUUUCUUCUUUUUUUCUGUUUGGUCGUAACAUUGAACGGUUAAUGAGCUGUUUGAGCUUGUGGGUCUUAAAGUCCAGAACUGCUGAUACAUAAAAUAAAUGUGUGAUCUUUCUGGGUUAGUAAUCUAUGUGAGUUUAGUUUUAACUGGGUAUUUUUGCAAAGCCAAGAAACAGUGGUCAGGGAAAAACAGUGGGAAGGAGUGUAAAAGUAGAACCAGUAAAAAUAACGCUGGGUACAUGAGUGCCAGCAGAAACCUCAUUGUUCUGCUGGAAUCAUUUGAUUAAUUAGGAACAACAACGGCCAUAAAACAGCUAUAUGAAUUGGAAAAAAGGGGGUAUCUACUUUCAGAUGCUCAAAUAUUUUUGGAUAAAGAUGGAUUAUUUGUUCUGAUAUGAGAUGAUCGGAGUAUCGCAGUAAUAUAUUUCCUCUGUGUUUUCUUUCCUGCUUUCUGUGUAUGUAUGGUAACAGACUGGAACUCCAUAUGUUACAAGUUCUGCUUUGGGUGAAGAGUUUGCAGGGUUUUCUUGUGUGUGUAAAUGCAUUUUGUACAAGACAGUAGUGGUGUUUACAAUAGUGAGUCCAGCUCUUUUUAGCACAAUCAAGAAACGGUUUUUAUUGCAGUUCAUAAAAGCUUUUCCAUGACAUGUAAAACUGAACGUUGGUCAAACGCUGGACCUGAGGAGCCUAGUUUCAGUUUAUGUUUGGGAGACAACCUGACCCCUUGAGAACAAUAUAUGUAACUACACAAGAACUGCUUAGUACUUCAUUCAUUUUGUGAAAAAUAUGUUCCAGAACAGCAGAUAAUGAAAAUCUACCCACUGACAAACCUGUCAAUGAAAUGAUGUAAUGUCAUGACAUAAGAAACGUUGACAUCUGCCACCUUAAAGAAGGGAUGCACAAUAUGGACUUAAAAGUUGUAGUUUGUUUAGAUGAAGAUGUUUUGUAGGGAAAAAAGUUAAAAUAUAAUAAUCCAAAUUUGUUAUUGCAUGAAGUCAGAACUUUUUAAACAAAAAACAAACAAACUCUAAAGUAAAAGAUAUAAAAAUUUGAGGCUAAUUCACUACAUUUACAUUCAGUAGCACACCUGUGCUUCUAAACAAUUCAAAAAUAAUAGCAUUCAACUUAUUUAUGGCAUUUAUUGAUACUCCCAUGGAACCAACAGUGGGAAAAUAGCCUGAACAACAAAAUCAAUAAUCCGAACUAUAUUAUCAGGUUUGGGACUUUUCAUACAUCCUCGAUUAGAGUUUGAUAAAUAUUCCUCUAUGGCUUUUAUAGCUGUUAGUAAAUCUUUGUUCAUAAAAGUCAGCUGUUGCUAACUAGAGCAACCACAGCAACCAUACCUAAGGGGUGGGGCUUAAUCAGGGGUCAGUUGUUGCUUUCCUGCCAUUUCCUGCACUGAGGCCUCUGUCUUUUUUUUCUCAGAUUUCAAACUGGUGACUGGCAGCUUCAUUAGAAACAAAAUAAGAAAAUCAGCUGGUUGCUAUUUUAUGUUUAAUGGGUUUGAUUUUACAUGUAUAUGGGUGUAAUAUAUUGAAAAGAAAAAGAAUAAAAAAGAGCUAUUUGCCCAUAUUGGGUUUGCAUAUUUUGAAAACUUCAUUUCAACAGCAGACAGUGGGCAUGCAUUAACGCAUUCAGAACAAUGAAAGUUAGCCAGUUUAUAUUUUCCCACAGGUUGGAUUUCUAUUUAUGAUAAAACAUGAACAUAUAAGAUGUUUACCCAUACAGCCCCUAUCAUAGCUGUGCAGGCCAUUGUAUGAAAACCCUCCCAGGUUUUUUCUGCAGAUGGUGUAGAUGGGAUCAAUCAUCCUUCUAAACAUAACUUUUCAGUUGCAAAAUUGGUCAAAUCCAGUUUUAUUACUGCUUAAUUUUUCUCACUGAUCUUAUUUUCUGGCUAACUUCUUAGCUCAGAGGAGUUGUGGUCAGGUUUUAAAGGCUAUGUCUGCUAACAGCAGUCUCUAAUAAACCAAAUCCCUGCAAAACCUUUACAACUUUCAUUAAAUCCACAAGUAAAACAAGAGCACUCUGAAGAGUUGGAACAGCUGUACAUUUAAAGUUAGUGACUCUUCAAUGGGCUAAAACGAUUACACAAGCCUGGUCAGACUGUUUACAGCUGUAAUGCAGAACUGUAGCUAACCAGACACUCAUCAGCAUGAACGUCACAUUAAUGUAGGUCUUUUUUUAACUGCUCUGUUUUCAGGAUGGACUAAUAAUAAAUCACAACUUUUUCUAAACACAAUAACUGGGUGCAUGAGUUGGAAUUGAUUCAAGAUUUACUCUCAUCCACACAGGGUCAAAAUUAUACAUACAGGCUACACCGUAUACACUUUCGCUAAUAUUUGGUUAAAUGUUCCUUAACGCAUUUCACCUUGACCACAUGGUUUUUGACCAUUUUUAAAACUCAGAAUCAGUAAAGUUAAUUAAAGUUGGUUGGUUUUCUGACACCUGCCUUUUUAGCAGUUUUAAACAGCCAGUCCAGAAGCUCAAUGUUAUCCUGUUCCGUCCAUUACAAAGGAAAGUUUUGAUCAGUGUCUGGGAUCUUUGUCCUGUGGGAUAACCAAGUCUAAACUGAUUAGCUGUUGAUUUGGAGUGACUUUGAAGACUGGAGAUUGUCCUGUCUUCAUUAUUCCCACCACUUUCUGCAGUGCACAAAUACCACUGGCAGUGAAACAGAUCUUCAUCAUGAUGUUGCCACCACCAUGCUUGACAGCUGGUUCUGUACUCUUAGGGUUGAAAACCUCCUCAAAUUCCAAAAAUAUGAAUUACUCAUUUUGGCUAAAUAAGCAAUUCUUUGUCUCACCUUCAAAAAGACGUUUUUUUCUCAAGGCAUUUGGCCUAUGUUGGCAGCCAAUGUCAGUCAUGUUAAAAUGUAUCCAUUUUGGAGCAGGCGCUUUUUGGUCAGCCCCUUCAGUCCAUAUUUCUUUCUGGGGGUGUAACAGUUUGGUUUGCCAACAAGCAAUGAUUCAAGCACCUUAAAUCUGGUUGUGGGAUGGAUAAAAGCAGGUGAACGUUAAACUAAGUCGACCCAACAUAAACUCUAAUAAAAUAAUUUGUGAACAAUUUUUAAAAUGUUAAAUAUUUAAAGGAUCUGUGUUUCAUCUUGAAUAAUCCAGGCCAGAAUUUGUCUGAGUGUUCCAGAUUUAAACAAAUUUUAAAGUCUGUCCAGAUACCAAAGAACUGGGAAGUAGCCUUUACCAGACUGCUGAAUUGUAAGUCAGCUUUAGCACUUAGGAUACUCAGGAUAUUUGGGGAAUUAAACGUAUAACAAAACCCAUUAGGUAAACCUUUUUACACCGAUAUCCAUAAUGUCAUUAAAAACUUAAGACAAAGGGUGGGAAAUUGGAAUAGUGUGGAAUUUUUGAAUUGGAAAAAUGGUAGGAACCCUAUGCUAAUGAGAGAAAAUCCUCCCAGAAUUCAAACUUGUAUAGUCAUUCCAUCCUGGAUAAAAGAUUUGUUUAAAACCGUUAAAAACCCAGAAUCAUCAUGCCCAUAAGGAGUCUGGGACGUUCUGACCAGAACUGCAGAGAAACUGUUGCUGUUUUAUAGGUGAAAAAGUCACAAACGUGACGAUUAGAUUGGUCUGUAGGGCUGUUGAUGAAAUCUUUUCAUUUAUUCACAAUAUCUUCUUAAGUCUUCAAGAAUUACCAUGAGCACCUAUCACUUCACAUUACAUAGACUUUCUAGGAUGAAAAUAACUGUCUAGACUUAAGUGUGGCUAAAUCUGUACAGUUAAUGCAUUUCAACACAUUUCAAACUGGUUUAAAUCAACUCAUUUUGGUAAUGAUAGCAAAGCCGAGUGGUUCUGGUAUGAGCGCUGAUCUUGGGUCAGUGAUAUGUUGAAGCUUAACACGGUAGCUUUACCGCACUGCUAAAACUUUAUUUUAAGAACUGUGUUUCUAUGUAUAUGAGCUGGAGUUAAAUCAGUUCACACUCUGGUCAGUUUGCAACACCUGCAACGCUGCCAAUCACUUGUACAUUCUCAUAGUCUGUAGUUUUGACAUUCCAACACGAACACAUCAAGAUUUCCAUGAAAACCUAAAAGCAAAAUCAGAACUUGUGAACUGACUGAUUGUAGUGAUUCGACUCCAGUCCUGCAGCCAUGUGUGUGAUUCUUUUUAUAUUUAAUACCACUCUGUUUUCCUCUCCGCUAUGAGUAAAUGUUGACUAUUUUUGAUGUAUGUAUUCUUACCCUUAGAGAGUAAAAAUUAACAAUUUCUAAAAAAAAAAAAAAAAAUGAUUUCACUUGAAAUAAACUGAUUUGUUCACA